GAAGUAAGUUAAUAUUUUGUUGGACCGCCUUUAGCAUCUAAUACAGCUUGUAUUCGUCUGGACAUAGAGGAAACUAAAUUUUGUGUGAUAUAUAGCGGUAUUUUCUUCCACUCCUCAAGUAAAGCCCUUUUCAGGUCCUCUUUGCUAGAUAUCUUGUUUUUUCGCACACGCUCGUCUAAAUAAUCCCACAGAUUUUCUAUUGGAUUAAUAUCCGGUGAUUGAGGAGGCGAAUGAAAUUGUUUGGCGACAUUGUAUAGCAGCUACUCUCUUACGAUCUGAGCUGUGUGUUUCGGAUCGUUGUCUUGCUGAAAGCUCCGAUUAGAAGAAAGUCCCAAUUUAGUGACAGAACUCUUCAGAUUGGCUUUCAACAUAUUCAAAUACACAUGUCGAUCCAUUGUGGUCUCAAUAAACACAAGGUUACCCACUCCUGCAGCUGACAUGCACCCCCACACCAUUUCAGAUCCGCCUCCAUGUUUCACUGUAGGUAACAAAUUCUGCAUAUCCAUCGCUGUAUUUGGUUUCCGCCAUACCUUUUGCUUACCAUCGUAUCCAAAUAUAUUAAAUUUAGACUCAUCACUAAAAAUAACGUUUUUCCAGUAAUUAAAAUCGUCAUUUUGAUGCAGCUUUGCCAAGUCGAGUCGUUUUGCCAUAUUCACUUUACUUAUGAAAGGUUUCUUCCUUGGGAUUCGGCUGUGGAAAUCGUUUGCUCUUAAAACUUUUCGAAUAGUUUCUGGAUGUAUGGAGACUUUAUUCAAUUUUUCGAGGUAUUUCGCAAUAUCAACUGCACUGGUUUUUGGAUUAGCGGUAACAAUGCGGAUCACAUCUCGUUUAUCGCGGUCGGUCAACUUGCUUGGUCUGCCAGAACGAUUUUCAGUUGUUUGGUACUUAUUAUAAUUUUUUACAACAGUUUGUAUUGAAUACCGACUCAUAUUAACAAUUUUUGCGAUUUCCCCGUACGAUUUAUGUUCUUUGCGUAAACGUAUUAUUAAUUUUUUUCACAUCUUGUGAAAUUUCGCUUCGUUUUUUUACGUUUUCUGACAUUUUUACAACAAAAAGGAGAAUUAAUCUAAAAAUGUUUAGUCGUUUAUUAAACACACACACUUGAAACUAAACAACUCAAAAAAAUACCGUUAUUAAGUGGUGGCACUUUGUUGAAAGUUAGGGAUGUGCUUAUGAUGUAUGUACACUUUUUUGGGCACCAAAUUUGACAUAUUACGAAAUGUACUGCAUAUCGGUUAUAAGUAUGACCUCUUUUAUUAUUUGUUUUAAUUAUUUUUGGAAUUGCUAUAAGCUACAUAAAUACAAAUUUUUGAAACGGGUUUAGUUUUAUUAAAAAGGCAUUUUAUAUGACUGUAUGUAGACUUUAUUGGGCAACUGUAUAUACGGAGUGACAUUUAAUUUGACAGUUAACUGAGCGCAUUGACCGGCAAAAAGUCAUCCAAAAACUACAAGGGAGGCAGAGAGAAUUGGGGUACACACCACAAUAGAAAACAGCUGCUAUCCCACACAACACGACCACAGACAAUAUGAUAGAGCUUGAUAAGAUACUAGAGAAGUGCGGUGAUCGUCAUCGUUUACAGACAAUCAUGUUGUUGCUCUUUUGCGUCAUCAAUUUACUCUCGGCCAUGCAUUAUUACUCGCAGACGAUCAUCAGUUUUGUACCCAAGUAUUGGUGCGCUGAAGAUGUAAUACCAAAUGCAAUGCACGCCCCUUCACUUCCCACCCAAUCUUCUUGCAUAUCCAUACACAAUGAUUCAUCACAAAGCUGCCGUAAGUUCCACUAUGAAUACUACAUGGGUUAUGAGAGUUUAACCAGUGAAUUGAAUUGGAUAUGCGAUGAUGCCUGGAAACUGACACUGGGUCAAAGUAUGUUUUUCGUAGGCUCUGUGGUGGGAAGUCUUACAUUUGGUAUCCUGGCCGAUAUGGUGGUGAUGGAGUAUUUACGCCCCUCACUGCGCACAAUCGGCCUCAGCAUCUGCAUUGGUUUCUUUUAUUGUCUGGGAUCAAUUGCCGCACCUUGGAUAGCUGUGUUGAUGCAGUCUUGGCGUGGAUUUCUAAUGGCCACCUCCGUGCCCUUUGUUAUGGUGCCUCUAUUCUAUUUCAUUGUACCCGAAAGUGUUCAAUGGUUGAUCUCGAAGCAAAAAUACUCUCAGGCUGUGGAGUGUUUAAAACGUGUGGCCAAAAUAAAUGGUAAAGUGGUAGAUGAUGCCGUUUUCGGUGAAUUCAUUGAGGAGUGCAAGCGUAGCCAAAUGCAACAGCCCAAAGGCAAAGUGGAACCGAAUCUUUUGGGCUUAUUUUCCACGCCACGUCUCCGGCGUAAUACUUUGAUAUUAUUUUUCAAAUCAAUGGUGAUUACAUUGUGCUAUGAUGCUGUCUCACGUAACGUACAAGGUCUUGGCAUUUCACCAUUUGUCAUGUUUUCAUUGAGUGCCACAACCAUUUUGCCAGCCUGUUUACUUCUAAUUGCUCUGCAAGAUCGCAUCGGUCGCAAAGCCAUGGCAUCAAUGUCUUUGCUACUGAGUGGCAUAUUCAUAUCGAGUACGGGAGCCUUACUCUUUCAAAGUGUGGAAACGGCAGGCGAUCAAAAUGUCACACUGGUUGUUAUCCUCUCAGUUAUUGGAAGAUUUGGUGUAACGGUUGCCUACAACUCGGGAGCUCAAUAUGCCACAGAGCUAAUACCAACCUGUGUCCGGGGACAAGGUGUGGCCGCAGUACAUGUCAUGGGCUAUGCUUUCACAUUCUUCAGUUCCUAUAUUUUACAUACACGACAAUUCUUUUCCCCAUUACCUGAAAUAAUUUUGGGUUCCAUAUCAUUGGUGGGAGCUGGUUUAUGUCUGCUUUUACCGGAGACAUUAAAUAGGACCUUACCCACAACUCUAAAGGAUGGUGAAAAUUUUGGGAAAAAUGAUCGCUGGUUUAUUUUCAGCUUUAUGGAGAAGCGUACCCAAUCGGUGGACACAUUAGCGCCAUCGGUGUCGUCGAGCAACCAUCCGGAUACCAGUGCUUAUUUUUAAGUUGGUUUUUAAGUCGGCAUUUUCAAAUUUUUAUUGUACAAUUGAAAUAUAAUACCAAAGAAAUAGUAAAUGGGAAACCAAAUAUGUGAUGAGAAAAAUAUUGAUGGAAAUUUAUACGAAAUCUAUUUAA